AUGGGGGAUAUAGCAGGCAGGAUAAAGAUGCUCUUUACCUACCAGCCACCUUCUCUCACAGGAAUGUAUGACACACCCACCCUCUCAGUUCAUCCUGGGUCUGAGGUGAUCUCGGGAGAGAAUGUGACCUUUUACUGCCGUCUACACACUGCAACAACCACGUUCUUCCUGAUCAAGGAGGGAAGAUCCAACCGCCCACAGCACAAACAUGGGAAUAUUCAGGCAGACUUCUAUAUGGGCCCUGUGACCACAGCCCACAGAGGGACAUACAGAUGUUUUGGUUCUUACAACAACUAUCUAUGGUCUUUUCCUAGUGAGCCUGUGACACUCCUGGUCAUAGGAGAUGUCGGGAACACCAGCCUUGCACCCACAGAGCUGCCCUCUUCUCCUGACUCCUGGAAACCCUCCUUGUUAACCACAGAGAUGGAAUUCCAGAAAGAAUCUCCUUCGAAUUGGUCUGGCUUUCCUGGUCCUGAUUGCCCUUGUGUGUCUCCUGGUGGAAGACUGGCUUCACAACAAGAGGACUCAAGAGGGAACCAACAGGGCUUCUAGUCGGGAAUGCAGACGUUUCAGAGCACGAAGAUCCUUGGACCAAUAACCAAAAGAUGCAGGGGCCAUCUCUGAAAGUUAAUCUUGACAUUGAUAGAGCUGAAAGCUCAACUUGACUUUGGGCUGUGUGAUCUCUGUUAUACCCAUAGAGGAGUGCGUCACUGCAGGACAACUGCAUGGCUUGCUGAACCAUCCUGGAGGAGGCAGGAGGGAAAUGAAGAUGCUAAAUUUCUUCUGCAAUUAGAUCCCACUGUCUCGUCUAUGCGCUAUGUGUUUUUGUGCCUGCUUCCCUCAAACCAAACUUUUAACCAUUCUGGUCUUCCCUGAAAACAUCUUAUUUAACACCAUGGUCAUGGGAAUAUUCCUUUCCUACUUUGCUCUUUACCCCUAUUUCUUUUUUGCUCUCUCUGCAGAUGUCAUUCAAAAUACUUAGCAACCAGUACAAAAUAGGCAUUUAUUAAAUGAAACAGGAGCCAGACAGGCAACAGCCAGUCAAUGGAGAUGAAAGCAGUAAACAGUGCUUGUAAUUGUGCUGUGGCUGGAUCUCAACCACACCCCAAUUCCCUCUAUCCUGUCCACCACAUGAUUCCAUCUUCACUUCUUUAUCCAUACCUUGCCUUGUUCUUCAGGUCUUUUAGUAGAUGUCAUCUCCACCAAGAGCAUUUCCUAAAUCCUCCAGCUUGGCUUACGAUACCACUUUCAUGCUCCCAAAGCACUUGAAUCCUACUACCACAUAUAUAUCCAUCUUCCUAUCUCUACCCUGAACUCAUGUGAAUUAAAUCUAUGUCAGAUGUAAUGGCUGUGUUCACAGUUCCCACUACUAAGGGAGUUCUCUGGAAAUGUAUGUUUAAUCAGUGUAUAUAUAAAUGGGGCUGGAGCACAGCUUGGAACUUGACUGUCUUGUAUUUGGUCCUUGAUACACUGGGAACCAUAAGUCCUUUCAUCCUUGAAAAUUUCUACUUGAUCAACUCAUUAAUAUGCCCAUUAUAUGGGUCCCAACACCACCACCCCCAAUAUUCUGGUCAAAUUAAUUCUCUAUAUCUGAGUUUUCUGUUAAAUAUUACAGAAUAACAAUUAUAACCUUAAAGAGAUAAUAUGAAAAUUUAAUGAGAACUGAAUUUAUAAUCAGCAUAAGCUCUGACAUAUAUAAGUUACUCAAGGCAUAGUAACCAUAAUUAUUCCCAAUAUUAUAGGGAAUUGAUAACUUCACCAAUUAUUACCUCAUUAACAGUGGCCCCAAUACUGAAUUUUCUUCUUUCCAUUCUUCAACUACAAGGUAGUCUAAGAUCCAAGAAUUUCUAAAUUAAUAUCAAAUUAUAGUCUUCUUCAUCUCAAAAUGAGAUGGGUUUGGUUGGAGUAGGUUCAUGACAUUCCAAGUUUUUUAUAUUCUAAUUUAUGGUAAGAAACCUAGAGUCUCAAGGAAAACAUAUAUUAGGUAGGAGAAUUUUAGGUCUCAAGACAUAGUUGCAUGGGCUUCACCUGGGAAGAAUAGCCUCCUCAGAGGAAUAGAGGGGUCUUUACCUAACCCAUGGCCCUACUGUUUCUACCAGUUCAAGUCAAAAUCUUCCAAAGCUGGUCAACAGGGUAGAGCCAAAUGGUUAAGUAUUACAUUAUUUUUUUUAACUGGGAAA